AUGGCAGAAAAGAAAUCCUUGUUGUUCUACUUCGCUGUUAUUUUAGUUAUUUUGAGCACUCUUGCACAAGAAGCGGAAGCCCGAAGAAAAAUUCUGAGAGGAAGACGUGUGAUGACACGAACUUACUAUCAUGGUAACGCUGUACCAGCAUGGGCGAUAAGUUUAAUGGCUGGUAUAGGAAUGUUGCUAAUAGGCGGAGUUUUGUACAUUGUAAUGAGGAAAAUUGUUCUGUCGUCAGAGACUAGAUCCCUUAACACAUAUCAGCCAGCCAUGCAGAAUGAAGAUGUUUAA